UCAGGCACAAUUGAGCCAGCCAACCUGUAUCGUCAUUUCGGGGUCCUUCUUCCGAGUGACCAACGACGAGAAAUCCUUGAUCCGACCUUUUUCGUGUAUGUUAUUUUUGUUUAGUUAGCCAAGUAAAAUGUACUACAAGUUAAAUGCAGUUACACAAAGACUUAUCAAAUCGGCACCGAGUGGUUACAACCCACAGGGAUUGCUGAUAACAGUGCCCACGGAGCCUCCCCCAAUGAUAUUUGCCACACCCACCAAAUAUGUGUCAGAGGCAGGGAACAUGGUGGAGUACCUGGGACACAACAAAGUCCCUGAUCUACAGAAACUCUUCCAGAAGGCUGAUGGUGUCCCUGUGCACCUGAAGGGAGGCCUGAUGGACAAGAUGCUGUACAGGACUACCAUGGCCCUGACCAUCGGUGGGACCCUCUACUGCCUGAUGGCUCUUUACAUCGCUGCCCAGCCUCGGAAGUGAUCAGCUUCCCCCUCUUCAAGGGUCCAGCAGGAUUCUAUAUCAUUCAGAUUAGGAGCAAUAAUGUGGAUAAUGAUUAUGCUCACUGUUGGUCAAGGAAAAUUAUUGCUUUACCCCUCAAAAGUAUAUAUUACACCUCCAUGUCUUAUUUAUUGCCUAGUUUCAUGUUAGGGUUCCCUUCUGCAAGAUUUCAUCAGACUCAAAUAAUCUCUUAUUUGUAAAUGGAGGAGAAAUCUAGUAUAUCACUACUGCUGGCCCAUCUUACUGGCUCUGUGUGUGUGCGCUUGUGCGUCUCUACUGACGUUUCUGUAAGUUUCCUAUACAACCAGUACCAUGUCAGUGGUUCAAUAACUACAACUGCUGAUCAACAAUCUAAAAAAAACAUCAGUCUGACCAUGUUUUCUGUCAGCGCACAUGUGUGUGUUUGGAAAGGAUUUGGAGGUCUCAUGUAUGAAUUUAGGUUCUCUUUUGUUUGGAUGAGAGAGUGGACAGGGCUAGCACCUUUCAAAGAUAAAAAUUAGGUGGUACUUCAAGUUGUGUGAUCGUUAAUGAGUGUCUGUAAUAAUACUCUGAACUCCCCCAAGUCCCUAUGUUAUGGUGCAGAGGUUCUGAGUUGUCAUUUAGGCUGUGUCCUAACUGAUAAUGUUCUGUAAAAAGAGAGUGCACGCAUAGUGGAUUGCAAAGAGUAUCCGACAAGUCAUAAUUUUGUAUUGGGGAUAAUAAAGUACAUUUUGUUUGUAAAACAUGAAA